ACAGUAGCCGGCAACGCCCCGAUUGCAAUUGUUGCUUGUUCUGUGUUCUGUGAUUUGUGUUGUGUGUUGUUCCCAAUUAUUGUCUCGACAUGUCGAAUAUUGUGCUCUAUGGCAUUGACAUUAGUCCUCCAGUACGUGCCUGUCUACUGACUCUUCGGGCUCUGGACUUGCCCUAUGAAUAUAAGAAUGUUGAUCUACUUGCUGGCGAGCAUAAGACUGAGGAGUUUCUGAAGAAGAAUCCACAGCACACGGUGCCCUUGUUGGAUGACGACGGAACUUUGAUUUGGGACUCUCAUGCCAUAUGCUGCUAUCUGGUGGAUAAGUAUGGCAAGUCGGAUGAGCUGUAUCCGAAGGAUCUGGUGAAGAGGGCGCAUGUGGAGCAGCGCCUAUAUUUUGAUGCCAGUGUGCUCUUCAUGUCUUUGAGGAACAUAUGCGUGCCAUACUUCUACAAGAAGGUGUCUGAGGUGCCCCGGGAGAAGAUCGACAAUAUAAUCGAUGGCUAUACUCAUCUGGAGAAGUUCCUGGGUGACAAUCCCUAUGUGUCCGGCGACACCGUGACCAUUGCUGAUUUCUGCUGUGCGGCUACGGCCUCCUCGUUGCCCGCCAUGUUGCCUAUCGAUCCGGAGAAGUAUCCAAAGAUUAUUGCCUGGCUGGCACGUCUGAGUGAGCUGCCCUAUUAUCAGGAGGCCAAUAACGAGGGUGCUGAAAAGUACAUCAACAUUCUGAAAGACGCAUUUACAAUUGUCUAAAUUGAUCAUUAUUAUAUACAUGCAUACAACUGUCCUCACAUAUAUAUUUUAUAUGGCACUUAUAUAUAUCUAAUAAAUUAUCGAUAACAAUG